AAAGGAGAGAGAAUUUAGCUAUGAAUUUCGUCGAUAAUCUGUCGCUAAAUCGCUAGUAGCUAACAAAGUUUCAUGAUAAUAUGUCGAUAAUCCAUCGCUGAAUAGGAUUAGCGAUCAUUUUUCUGUUUAGCUACAGAAUUUGUCCAUCUCUAAUUCUUGUUUAUUUAGUACUGUAAUGAUUUUUCUUUUAAUUUUUCCACUUUAAGACAAUUGACAAAUAUGCCUCAAAGAUCAUCUCAAUUUCCCAUUUCACUUAAACUCAAGUAUGUAAAACUUGGCUACCAAUAUCUUGUUAACAACUUCUUGACAUGUCUAUUGGUGCCCACAAUGGCUUUGGUUCUUGUUCAAGCCAUUCAAUUAGGUCCUGAGGAAAUCUUCAAUCUUUGGAAUUCCAUUCAGUUUGAUUUCAUCAAAAUACUCUGUUCAUCUUUCCUUAUCAUCUUUGUGUCCAUAUUAUACUUCAUGUUAAGGCCUCGAGGGGUUUAUCUCAUCGAUUAUUCAUGUGACAAGCCGCCUGUUUCCUGCCGCGUUCCAUUUUCAACUUUCAUGGAACAUUCAAGACUUAUACUUAGCUCAGAACCAAAGAGUGUUGAAUUCCAAAUGAGAAUUCUUGAGAGGUCUGGUUUAGGAGAAGAAACAUGUCUUCCACCAGCAAUUCAUUAUAUACCACCUGCACCUAAUAUGGAAUCUGCAAGAAAAGAAGCUGAAAUGGUGAUAUUUUCAGCAAUGGAUUCUCUCUUCAAGAAAACAGGAGUUAAACCUAAAGACAUUGACAUUCUUAUUGUCAAUUGCAGCCUUUUUUCGCCAACGCCAUCUUUAUCAGCAAUGGUGAUUAAUAAGUACAAAAUGAGAGACAACAUUAAGAGCUUUAAUCUCUCAGGAAUGGGGUGUAGUGCAGGGCUAAUCUCCAUUGAUUUAGCUCGUGAUCUUCUCCAAGUCUAUCCAAAAUCGAAAGCUGUUGUUGUUAACACAGAAAUCAUCACACCAAAUUACUACAGAGGCAAAGAUAGAUCAAUGCUACUCCCUAAUUGUCUGUUCAGAAUGGGUGGUGCUGCCAUUCUUUUAUCAAACAAAUGGGCAGAUCAAUGGCGAGCCAAGUACAAGUUGCUACAUGUGGUGAGAACCCACAAAGGAGCAGACGACAAAUCUUACCGUUGUGUGUUUGAAGUAGAAGAUUCAGAAGGGAAAGCAGGAAUUUCUUUGUCAAAAGACCUUAUGGCUAUAGCAGGGGAAGCCUUAAAAUCUAAUAUAACAACAAUUGGACCUCUUGUUCUUCCUCCAUCAGAACAACUUCUCUUUCUCUUUUCACUCAUUGGCCGAAAAGUCUUUAACCUGAAACUAAAACCAUAUAUUCCAGAUUUCAAACAAGCGUUUGAACACUUUUGCAUUCAUGCUGGUGGUAGAGCAGUGAUCGAUGAACUGCAGAAGAACUUGCAGCUAUCUGCAGAACACGUUGAGGCAUCACGAAUGACACUGCACAGAUUUGGAAACACGUCUUCUUCGUCGUUGUGGUAUGUACUGAGUUAUAUUGAAGCUAAGGGACGGAUGAAGGAAGGUGACAGGAUUUGGCAGAUUGCAUUUGGGAGUGGAUUUAAGUGUAACAGUGCUGUUUGGAAGUGUAACAAGACAAUCAAGAAUCUAAGUGAUGGACCUUGGUCUGAUUGUAUCCACAAAUACCCAGUUUACAUCCCUGAAGUAGUAAAGCUCUAGGAGAAAAACCUUGGUUUUAUGUUGCACUUGUACCCUAUAUAAAGUGAACGUUUCUGUGGCAAAUAUUGUUGUCUUGCCAUCAAAUACAAAGGGAAGUCACAGCUUUGAAUUU